UUGAUUGCGUGUUCACCACAAGCACUGUGUGAUUAAUGCAGGCUUGGUUCCUUGCCAAAGGUUUAUAUUUGGUGUUUGAACAUCUUAACACCUCCUGCUUUAUUGCCAGAAAGAGUAAAACACUAUUAUUGUUUUUUCAUCCUUUUUGGCAGAAACAUGUCAUAGAUUUAAACAUAGAUGAGCUUCGUAGUAAUGCGUUUUGUUUUUUUGUAAAAGGGUUGUCUGCGACUCAGUGGGCUGCUAUGAGUGCAGCUAUUCAUUUCCCUAUUUACAAAAGUAGUCAUGAUAAAACAAUGUUGUGGAUGUAAUCCUCAUCAGAACCCCCUGGCGUGAACAAGGCCAACGAUCUCCGACUCUCGUCGUUCACUCCGUCUCUACGGCCGGCUUCUGUGCACCUGACAUGAAGAAGGGCCAUUGCCUGAAACGUCUCCUAUUACAUAUAUUUUUUUUUCCUUUUAAAACCACACCGCAACACAUACACGCGGUGUUGUUCUUCACGAAUCUGUCGCUUUGUUGCUGUGUGUUUCGUGCUUAGUGUCACUCGUCCCAUUCAAAACGUCGCGACUCGGCUCGACCGCGCUUAGACUGCCGCAGCAAAAUGACGUCGGGGUCUCGAAGUCGACGGACGGUUGCGAUGAGGAAGCGCGCGCCUCCAGUCGCCACCCAAGCGUGGCAGCAGCAGCAGACUCAGGGCCAGGUCUCUUAGCAAGUCUCCAUAGCGACGGCCACGAGGCAUUCAACAAUCACGGUGCCGGGCAAGGUGACUCAAGCGCGCCUGAGCCAAUUCACGGCGCGCUCCGAGCUACUCACCUCUCCGAGGGAGAUAAGCCAUGGAACUCGGCUUGAGGUCAUCCACUCAGCACAGGAACGCGUCCAGCCGACCCACCAAGUCCAUCCUGUUUCCGGAGGAAGUCAGCUUCAUCAGACAUUUCCCACAGGCGAACCGUAACACACACACAGAGUGGGGGUUUUACGAUCCCCGUGGCUUGGACAAGGUGUGCUACGUCGGGAAGAGAUGCCUUCCUUACCAGUCCUCUGGAACGGAGAGAGCGUGCGGAGUGCGGAACGGCGUCCCGGUGGUGAGUGCGGGCGACAAGGCGUACCGUGCGGUGGAGUACAGCGCCGGCUUCCACCUCCUGGGCUCCACCAGGGCCCCCCCGAGAUUCAGCGCAGGAGUGAAGCACGUGGCUGACACCUUCAUCCCUCUGCAGCCGCCUCCCAGCGUACCUCGCACUCCCUAUCACAAGAAGGCCCAGGAGAUGCAGAGGGCGCUGGAGAUGAUGGAGGUGCAAGCCCUGGACGAGUGGGAGCCCCCGCCGCGAGCGUCCCAUCCCCGCCUUGACGGAGAUCACGAUUGAGCCGGGCCACUCGCUUUGCCAGCCGCUACGCUGGAGGGCAAGCCACGGCCAGCCACGGCAAGCCACGGCAAGCCACGGCAAGCCACGGCAAG